AUGGAGGAAAAAUUAGCAAGGGCUAAAGGCAGACACCUUGGUCUCGGCGCGUAUUUGAAAACUCUUUUAAGUAAAUUAAACGAGUAUGUUUCUUCGGAAAGCGGUGAUUGCGAGCAAUCUAAACUCCUUGGGUUGAGAAACAAUGUGGCUAGUAUCAUCGAACAAUUGGCGACUGUGCACAAUGAAAUAUUAUCCUUGAUAGAUCCAAAGGACAUUGAGCCGGAAAUUAUUCGUCACAUGAAAGCUUUAGAACCUUGUCACCAAGUUUUGGCAAAGGCGGAUUUGAAACUUGAAGAAAUUAAGCAAGGGCAAAGUAAUAUUAAUAGCGCAAGUUAUUCCUUAGGUGCAGCCGGUUUAAGCACAAAUAGAAGUCCUGCGCAUUGUAAGCUGCCAAAAUUAGCAUUACCAGAGUUUACGGGGGAACCCUUAGAUUGGCAGGGGUUCUGGGAUCAGUAUCAAGUGUCGAUCCACAGUAAUAUAAACAUAAGUGAUAUUGAUAAAUUCAAUUAUUUAAAAGGUUGUGUGAAAGGGGAAGCUCUUGCGGCUAUUUCAGGGUUGACUUUAACUUCAGAUAAUUAUCAGGAGGCAGUUCAG